AUGCGUGCUCCCCGCCGCAUUAUUCCAAAUCUGCCGGACAUUGCUCUUCGACGAAUGUUCCAAUAUCUUGACUAUCGCGAGCUGUGUAAAGCAGAAUGCGUAUGCAAACGAUGGCAAAACAUUAUUAUGCUUUUGAUGCGAAGAAAUAUACACGAAAUUACAUUUGAACAGUUUGGUGCCACUGAACUAUCAGUUCGUCAAGUGGUACCUCUCCGACGAUUGACGGUGACAUGUCCCGCCAAAGAGUUAGAUUUUGAAGCUGGUGUUUUGCGAAGGUAUGUUCGUUUACACUGCACUUAUCGGCUGCUGACUAAGAGUAAUCAUCUAAAAAAUUUUGGAUUUUGAUA